UAAAAAACGGCAUUCCCAUUCCGUGAAACACAGUCGAGCUAACGAAAAGUACUAGUUAAUGGUAAAAUUGAUAACCUCUUCCGUGACACCGGGGAAUCCCGUAAUGCGUUGCCAAUGCCUAUCAGUUUCAGUUUCGAGACAUUCAGUCUUCAUCUGUCGGUCGCAAGUGAACGUUUGCAAAAUGUUCUCCCGAACAGUGAUCUGCUUUUUAGUUUUGUGUACAACCAGAAUCGUGUUUGCCGAUGAAGGCGAUUACAUUUCCAUAUUCACUACCGGAUCAUUUGCAGGAAGUGAUAAUGUCAGCAUCAUAUUAGCAAACAUGGACACGACGGCCAGUACGUUUGAAAUAGAAAACAUCGGAAUGGAAGAAGGUGAUGUGAUCGUUUCUACCACCGUCGAUCCAAAGCACGUACAGCUCUACGUUAUUCCACACGAAUGGAGUCACGCAAUUGAUGAAGAAGCGAUUCAAUUAGACAUCGUUACCUCAUCCAGCACGGCUGAAGAAGCGCGCCUUACGGGACAAAUUGAGCUGGCCCAGCAGCCCAAGGUGUUGAUUCAACUUAGCGAUGUGUUCCAUACACCAGGCGACUUUUUGAAGUUCCGUAUCUUACUAACGGACGAAGUGAACAAACCGUUGGCAAGAGCGAAGCAACCGUUCAACCUGACGAUAGCUUUGCAGCACGAAGCACAACACAUGGUAGCUUCUUGGGAUAUAUCGCUCUACCCAGGUGACAUCUACAGUGGUCAGCAUCUGUUCGCCGAUGAUCGUGAUAUUGGAGAUUGGAACUUGACUGUGAAGAUCGGAGAGCAAACCACAACGAAACAAUUUCAAGUGAUGCUGCAUUCUGCUCCGAUUCACAAAAUAACGAUCAAUACAGGAGAAAUGAACACAUUUUCCGAUACCGGCAUUGAGAUCAUUGUUAAGGGUACUUACAUUUUCGGAAAGCCGAUCGAUGGAAUGUUAACACUCACAAUUACUGAAAAUGGACAUCUUCUCACGGAGAGAAUACUACCCUUUCCUGGAGUAAAGUAUGUCGACAUUCCGUAUUAUCACCUUUUCGGAGAACGGAAUUUAUCUAAGCCAAGAACUAUUCUUAUCAACGCAACAGUGGUCACUAAGCAUGGAUUAAGUCAACGUAGUUACCAACAAAUCAAAACUGUACCUAUUUACUCGUCCCCCUACAAAAUCGAGGCGCUGAGAACGGUUGAUUUCACACCAGGACAAGAUGCAACACUCUUCAUUAGAGCGAUGAAAGCAAAUGGAAAAGCACUGGAAGAACUAAAACCCACAAAAAAUAAGAUUUCCGUUAGUGUAAAGCUUGAACACGAGGGUGGUAGUAAUAAUCUAAAUUUCGAUCAAAUGUUGGAUAAUGACGACACGGCAAUGGUUUCUAUCCCAACUGAUAGCUUAACGGAGCUGCUAACGGCUCACGUUCGGUAUAUGGAUGUGUCCACUUCUAUAACCCUAGAACCAGCCUACAGUCAACAGAUCUACGUGCAUGUAGACAAAUUUAACCAUCGCAAACCAAGGGACGAUUUCAAGCUUGGAAUAGUAUCUUCACAUGAGAUGGACGGAGUACUGGCGGUGAUUCGUAAACAUACUGGUGAAAACAUUCCACUCUUCAUAAACUGCGAUCGUCAAAAUUAUCACGAGCAAUACGUCCCACUGGUUCGUCCGCGUGAUGUGAAGCGAGUGUACGUUUUUGCUAGAUUUUACGGAACAUUGGUGCAAGCUUCCACACCCUACCAGGAUGUUCCUGCUCUAGAACAAGAGGUAGUUCUAUCAGUGGAUGAAACGAACAUAAGGGUAUUCACGCGAGGAGAAACUGCUCGUGUUGGUAUAGCAGUUUAUGAAGGUUCACUGGAUGUAGCUGAAUUGGAAAGCAUCCAUACACGAUCGAUGUUCAGUGGAACAGUGUAUCCAGAGAAUGAAUAUUUUUUCCCAUUAUCCAUCAACGACUUGCAAGUGAUGCCACCACAACCACACUUGGACGAGGACAACAACAAGUAUCAAAAAUGGAACAUGGAAACAUCAUCACCUAUAAAUCGUUUACUUCUGUGGAAAGAAGCAACUACUAGCGAUGGAAAAGCUACGUUCCAAUUCAAUCUUCCUCCGCAAAUCAAUCAGAUGACGGUAAGUGCAUUUGUAUUUAGCCCCACUGGAGGACUUGGUAUUGCAGAACCGGUACAUAGACAACGGCAGCAGGACAUACUGAUUCACCUUCAUAUACCAUACUCGGCAAAGAAGAUGGAAGCAGUUACGGUUGAUAUUUACAUUGUAAAUAAUCGCAACCAAACAGUGGACUUUGUGCUGGUGGAGCUAUUGAACAAAGCUAACGAAUUCAUCUUUCUCAACAACUUCGGACGCACUGAUGCUAUUCAGAAAACCGUGUACGGUAGGCUACAACCGAACGAGGUACAGCGUGCAGAGUUCCUGAUACGUCCCAAGAAGUUAGGCUCGAUCACACUGAAAGCAAAUGCCUACACCCAUGGCAACGUAAUUGCUAGAGCAGAAACUAUACUUCGUACCAUACCAGAGAGUGUACAACAAGUUGGUAACAUCGUGCGUUUGUUUAGCGUAGACAAUUCCACCGCAAGUUUGGACGACGUUAAAAUACCAAUUCCGCAUACGGUUGAUGUUGGAACAGAGAAAAUAACUUUCUCACUUCUCCGUGAACAGCUUCAAAUUGCUGCUCUUCCGGUGAGCAUACUGCUUGACAAGCUUGUCCAGGCAGAUCCGUUUACAAUGGCCAUGAAGGCUUCCCUGACGUUGGACGUGCUGGCAUUAGGUCAGCUGGAUUGGACCGAACGAAAAGUCCUGGCAAAAAACAUGACAGGCGAAGCGGUUAUUACGAUCCUAGGUUAUGCGCAAACGGAUGGAUCGUUUAGUAUUCCCGAUCAACAUACGCCUUCCUCUAAAUGUUGGGAUACGGUUAUUGCAGUACAAGCACUAACCCAUGCCAAUGAACAUCUCAAAAAUACAACUGUCUCGGCCUCUAUUGCACGUGCACUAGACUGGUUGAAGGACAGACAGGCAAGUGAUGGUCAUUUCUGUACUGACGAUGGUGAACAAACUGAGCUGCAACGUAUUGAAAAGACAGCUCACGUGCUGUUGAUGUAUCUCAGCAUGAGGAACUCCGCAUGGCGUUACGUUGCGGUUAUCGACAAGGCAAGAAACUACCUACUUUCCAAAACUUCCGUACUACACGAACCGUACCAUCUAGGACUGGUUGCCCACGUGUUGACAGCCUUUUUAAAACCUGUCACAGGAAAGGAAGAUCUUCCCUUGAUCAAUGCAAAAUUGUCCUACAUUUUGGGUGAACUUUUGGACAGGAAAAAGCGAAGCUCUUCCGGAUUGAAGCUGUGGUGGAGUUCUACAGCUUCUGCAACGGAUCUAGAUACAACCGCAUACGUGCUGAUGCUUUUCACCUCCAAAAAGCGCCUCGCUGACGCAGCACCAAUAGUCAAUUGGAUUAAAGGGCAACCGUACCGUCGUGCGACAACUUCAAUUACACCCAAUUCCCAUAUUGGCCUCCGUGCCCUGAUCGAGUAUGCAAAAUAUACAACUUUUCUCGAACAGCAAUACAAUGCAUUGAUCAUCGCAAGUGAUAAAACUGGUGAGAUAGCGCGAUAUGAGCUGCAUCAUGAUACUGGUAAUCAUGUACUGAAGCUUCCAUCGACCACCCGAACGGUAAGCUUCUCGAUCAAUGGUACUAUUUCGGGUGCGUUUGAAAUAAACUACAGUUACAUGGAGAGUGUGACCCAGCAAAUUCAAAAGUUCGACAUCGCUCUGUUACGGUACGAAACCUCCAACGAAGAUUACACCGAUUGGGGCAUUUGCAUUCGAUUCCUGCCGAAAGGAUUCGACGAUAAAACCCACAUGGUUACGUGUGAGAUCUCUUUCCCGACGGGGUACAUUGCACUAGACGAUAGUGUGGAUGAAUUAAACCAACUAGAAGAUGUAGUCGCCACCGUCCUGAGAAACGAUGAAACCCAACUGGCGAUUACGUUUGAAGAAAUUGGGUUACAGCAGAAGUGUUUCAAUGUGACUGGUUUUCGACAAAGUGUGGAAACUCGUCAACUACCCGGUACAAUUAAGGUGUUCGAUUUAGCUGACGCGUCCAACGUUGCAUUCAAACAAAUGGGAACUAAAAACUGACCAGGAGCGAACUGAUAUACGUCCCAAAUUAUUCGAUAUAGAUACAAUGAAUUACAAUAAAAUGUUAUACCAGCAAUUUUA